AUGGCUGCCUCAAAUCACCAAUCUGUGACGACAGUUGAUAUCCAUCAGGUUUCGAAUGAAAACUGCACCCAACCGUCACGAAAUAGACUCCAUAGUGCAAAGAGAAGUGAUGACAACGAAAGUAUGGUAUACGACGAUAGAAAGCGAGAAACAACAAUUAGGAAGAUGUUAUUGACACGUUUGAAAGAAGAAAUGGAUAAUUUAGAAAGAACAGUAACAGCAGGGGUCGGUGAAAAACUUUCAAAAGGUUUAGAAAAGGAAAUUAUGGAAGUACGGACAGAAUUUAAUGACAAGUUAGCUGCUAUUGAGAAUAACUUAGCAACGCACCAAGAAGUGACUAGUCGUCACUGA